GGCCUGGGUCCGACUGUACAUUGUUGGAGGCCUGGGCCCGACCGCCCUGGAGACCGCGCGCGGGCCGAUGGCGGGCGCGGGCGCCCUGCCUGGCACGCUGGCCGCCGUGCGCGAGGUGCACCGCUGCACCGCCAGGCUGCCUCCGUCCGCCCGCGGGCCGCUGGCCGCGCGGGUCCUCGACGUGCUGCUCGCGGGCGCCCCGCAGAGCCUCGGCGAGGACGUCGCACGGCGCAUCCCGACACCCUGGGAGGAGCUCCAGGCCUGCGCCGGCGACCAGGGCGAGCAGGCCGUGGGGGGCGACGAGGCCGCCGAGGCCGCCGGCGGCGCGGCGGGGCUCCGGGCGCUGGCGCGCGUGGUGCGCUGGCACCUGCGGCCGCGCGGGCCGUUCUGCGAGGCGCAGGCGGACUUCCUGGAGGGCCUCGGGGGCGUGCUGGGCGCCCGCGGCGGGGCGCCGCCGCCGGGGGGCACCGGCCUGCAGGAGAGGUGCUGCCGCUGCUCGAGGCGGCGUUCGGCGAAGACCUCACGGUCGAGCUGGGCGCCAGCGGCAGGGAGGGCCGCGUCUCGGCCUGCGUCUGGCGCGGGGAGGAGGGGGGCGUCGAGCGGGAGCUGCGCGUCACGCUGACCGUUUGCCAGGACGGCGCGUGGACGGCUCUUGCGGCUGGCGGGGCCGCCGAGAUCCUCCAGGCUGACGGCGGUGCUACCACAAGCGACGAGCUUGUGCUGAACGCCAUUUUCAGCGCGUGGCAUCAGCUGGGGCGCGUCAGCGUCUGGGACGCGUUCGACAUCGCGAGGCAGACGUUCUGCUCGGGCCCGGCGGCGGGCGCGCCCGAGGCCGCCGGGAGGAGCCGCGCUGCCGGCCUGUGGCUGGACUCGCGCAGCGGCGCCUGGUUCGAGUGGAGGCCCGAGGGCUCCGCCAUGGAGCUCGCCUUCUUCACCCUCGGCGAGGUGGCGGAGCGGGCGACUGCGCCCCCCUGCCUGCGCGGCCACCUCCGCGGCCACGGCGGCUUCGAGCUGGCCGGGGAGCCCCAGGCGGUGCUCUCCCCGGAGCUCGCGGCUCGCUUCGCCGAGAAGCUGGCGGGCCUGCGGCUCUCCGCCGCGGGGCACCGCCUGAGAAGCCCGGGCCUCGUCUUCCACGCGUCGCCCAGUCGCGACGCCUUGGAUAGCAUCCUGCGGCGCGGCUUCCUAUUGCCUGGGGACUGGGUCGAGGGUACUCCGUCCUACCAGCGGGAGAGCCACGGCAGCCGCAGCGGAGUCGGCGUGUACUGCUCGCCGGACCUCGACCUGGCGGACUGCUACGGCGGGGAGUCCAGCGAGGGCCUCGCCAUUGUCGCCCUCGCCGCGUUCGGGGUGUGCUGGGAGCCCCGCGACAGGUUCGAUGAGAAGAUGGAGCAGUCGCGGCUGCAGUGGCAGCGGCUGCAGUGGUUCAGCUCGAGCUUCCGCACGGGCGAGGUGCAGGGAGGCUGGCGCAAAGAAGGCCGCUUCUGGGCCGCCGCCGGCGAAGAGCAGGACCCGCGCGCAGAGAGGCUGCUGGCUCACGCGCCCGACGCGAGUGGCCUCUACGAUGGCGCCUUCCACAGCCGGUGGUGCAAGAACGGCUCCCACACGGAGAUCGUCCUGGCCUCUCCGGAGCAGCUGCUGCCCGUGCUCCUGGUCCCCUACCGGCGCCGCGGGGCGCAGCCGCCGAGCGGCCGCGAGUUGGGCUGCAUGCCCGAGCAAAGGCUGGAGUGCGUGGCUCUCCGCGGAGCGCCUGGCUCGGAUCCGUCGGCCCUGGCCCUGGAGGAGGACUCCGAGUGGGCGAUCUUCGUGGACUGGGCAGCCCACCAGGGCCCGGGCUACGGCCUCGGCGGCGGCGCGGACCCGCGCGCCCCCUCCGUCCGCCUGUGCUUCCUCCUGGACGAGGCCGUCCGAAGCUCGGCCUUCGGGGGGCUCCUGCCCUCGCUGGUCCAGGGGCUCUCGGGCGCCGUGCAGCCGGCCGAGGCCGCCGCCGUCUGGUUCGACGCGGCCCGCGGGGUGGACGUCGGCCGCUCCGUCCCCUUCUCCACGCCGGAGGCCCUCGGGGCCGCGCUGGAGGAGGCGCGCUCCGCCCGUCUCCGGGCGGAGGGGGCGGCGGCCUGCGGGGGCACGGGCCUCGCGCAGGCGGUGCGCUUCGCCACGGACGGGGCGCUGCGGAAGCUGUCGCGCGAGACCGAGAGGUACCUGGCAAGCAUGGCGGAGCCGUGGCACCGCCUCCAGAGCGGCGACGACCUGGUCUCCGUGCGGUGCGAGCGGCCCGCGAGGGCCAGGGUGAUCAGCGUCGAGCGCGACGUGUUCCGCAUCACCGGCAUCACCGUCGGCUGGGCCCUGCACGGAGGGCAGGUGCGAGUGCAGCGCGCUGCCAGGGUGGAGGCCCAGGAUGCCGCGGAGCUCAGGGUGGCGUGGGAAGACGGUGGCAUGACGUGCUUCGCCGCCGCGGGGGUGCGCGGACUGCGGCGCUGCAGGGCCCGGGACGUGGCCGCGGAGACCCAGUUCUUGUUUGUGGUUGUCUCUGGCCUCGGCCCGGCGCACAUGGGCGGGCCCGCUCUAGAGGCGCUGGCGUGCUGCGUGGGCAGCUGCCGUUCCCAGCUCCACGGCAGCGGAGCGCGGUGCGCCUGGGUGCCGGUUGUGCUCGGCGGUGGCGCUGCCAGCGAGCGCCUGGGCGCGUACCUGAAGGCGCAGCUCUCCACGGGCACGGGCGCUUCUGGCGGCGGCGGUGCGUGGUGGGAGCCAGUGCACCGCUGCGAGCAGCCCGAGGACUUGCCGAGGGUGCUUGGCGUGCUGCAGGAGGACCUGCUGGCCUGGUCCGAGGAUGGGGCGCGCAUGGGCGCCAACGUUUCCCUGGACCAGCGAUUCGUGGUGCACGGCCGCGGCUUCGUCGUCGACCCCAUGGAGCCCCCGCGCUGGGAGGUGCGCGUGCGCCGCCCGAGGCCUGAACUGGAGUCCGCGAACUUCAUGCGGGGCACGUGCCUGAUCUUCAAGGGCCCGCCGCCUCGCACGCUGACCGUCGACGGCGUGGCAUUCGGCGUGAGCCUGGUGCCCCAGAGGGGCCAGGCCGCGCCGGCGCGCACCUCCGCCGCGCUGGAGCUCGGCUUUGCCCUGGAAAAGCUCGCCCAGAAGCUGCGCGUCGCCGUGCUCGGCUGCAGCGAGGGCCCCCUGACCUUGGGCGCCGCCGCAGGCGCGGCGCCGACGCGGCAGCGGCUGGAGGAGUGGAGCGCCAGGCUGCGGAGGUGGGCGGCCCGGCUGGACUGCCUCGAGCUUCCGCCCGAGCCUGCAGAGGCCACAGCCACAGCCAAGGCCGCCGGCGCGAGCAGCCGUCGCGAGCCGGAGCGGGCAGGGUUGCCGUUGCUGUGGAGCUUGCCGCCCGCCCAACGAGCCUCGUACGUGCGGCGGCGCCGCGGAGUCGCCCACUCCGUGCAACGCACCACGGGCCUGGCGGAGGACGCGCUGCGGUUGCAGGCCGCCAGCGAGGAGGAGCCUGGCGCGGCCGCCUGGCUGCGACGCGUCUCGCAGAUGCGGUUCGGAAGGGGUAUUCUGCGCCGUGCCGGGGACGCCGAGGCGCGGACGCCCGAGGCGGAGUCGCUGGAGGGGCUGCGAGCAGCGCUCGGCUCGCUGCAGGCUGCAGCAGGCAGCAGCCCGGGGGCAGCGGCGUGGCUCGUCUCCACGGCCUCGGGGCUCUCGGCCCGGGACCACGCGGCCCAGGCGGGCGUCGCCCUCGACGCGGGCCUGCAGGACCUGCAGUCCGCCGUCUACGCCGUGGGGAUGGUGGGCGUGCAGAUCCGAUGCGUCCGCACCGAGGCCUCAAAUGUGGAGCCCUGGCUGCUGAUCGUGGAGCACGUGUCCCACUCCCUGGCGGAUACAGCCAGCGCUGCGUGUGGGUUGGACAUCGGGCAGCCCCUGAAGGACGAGGAGGGCGCCGAGGCGCCGGACGUCGCAGUCCUCCUGCCGCAAGGCUCCGAGUGCGCGCUCAGCUGGUUCACCGACUCGCCAGUGUACCAGGCGUACCUCGCCGUGGUCUUCGCCAGGAACCCCGUCUGCUCCCUUCCGUCCCAGCGCUGCGCGCUGCCGGUGCUUGUCUGGGUGAAGUCCGCCGAGCAGAUGCUCGAGGAAUCGGUCAUGGCGUCGUCAGGACCUCCAAAGAGCGCGGUGGGUGCCGUGGGCGCUGCCUGGCGCGUGCACCUCGCCGCGGCCAACACCGUCGCUCGCCUCGCGCAGGAGGGCGCCUGGUGCCGCCUCGCCCGCGGGCUCGCGGGGGCCGCCGACCCGGCGCGGCUGCUCACGGAGGCCAACGGCGGGCCGCAGUCCGUCUGCGAGGCGCUGGCGGCCCUCUGCUUCGCGCCCGCGGCGGGCGCCCUCUGGCAGGGCGCCGGGGAGGCGGGCCUGCGCAGCCCCCAGCUGGGCCGGCUGGCGCUCGCGCUGCUGGCGGAGGCCGUGUCGAGGGGCUGCCGCAAGCUGUGCCGGAGCCGCGCGCCGGGCCACGCGGGCGGGGGGGGGCGCAGCGUCGAGCAGCAGAUGCUGUGGGACGCACUGGGCAUCACCGACGAUUCGGUGAUCCAGCCUGGCGCCGGGCAAGGCGGCAAGGUCGGCGAGGACUGCCACAGCGACGCGUUCGACCUCCAGAGGGCCCUCAGGCGCAGCGCGCUCUUCUUCUCGCCGGAGGGGAAGUACUUCGCCAUGGGCCGCACCAACUGCAGCCCGCAGGGAGUGGUGGGGAGCCUGCUGCUGCGCCUGGCCGCCGGCGCCCUCGGCCCGACCGUCGGCGCGGCCGCGGGCCCCGAGGCGGCCGCGGCGGUGGCGGGCCGGCUGUGGCGCCGUGAGGUCUCCAUGAGGGCCUUCAUCGAGGCCGUCCUUCCCGGGACGGACCCGCCGCUGGUGCAGGCCGCGCUGUACGCGCAGGGCCUGCGCUACCACAGCGCCCGGGACCGCGCGGGCGGGGUCACGCCGUUGUCGCAGCCGGAGCGCAUCCUCCGGGAGCUGGCGCGCGAGCAGCGGCGGGCGGCACACACUCGUGCGCUGGUGGAGCAGCUGGCGGCCCAGAGGGCGGGGCGGCGGAAGGACGCGCGCAGCGCCCAGCGGAGGGCGAGGCUCCUGGAGUUCUGCGCCGUGCACAGGGGGCUGCCCAGGCUCUUCUCGCUGGCGGAGGUCGAGGAGCUCAACGCUGGCCGCCCCCCGGGGGACCAGCUCGAGCUGCUGCCGACGGGCCUCCUGAAGCACCACUGCUGCUUCCCCGCCUGCCCCCAGUACCUCGCAGACCUCAGAACGGACAAGGAUUCCGACCGCCGCGAGGAGGCCGCGGCAGCAGGCGGGGGUCCCGGCCAGGCGGCGGGCCGCCGCGGCCUGUUCCGGCACCCGGUGGCAACUCACGGGAGCCUCGCUUCGAGGCACCUGGCGCCGAUGUCGUGGCCGGAGGCCGCGGGCGAGGACCGGUACGUGCCGCUGGUGCACGCCGUGGGGGCCGUCUGCGCCCAGCGCGCGGAGGGCGCCGAGGAGUUCGGGCGCGCGCUGCUGCUGCAGCUGCGGCAGCAGCUGCACGGCCGGCCGGGUGCCGCCAGCUGCAGGGAGGCGUGGCUGGAGGAGCUGCUGGCGGGCGGGCUGCUGAGUGACCUCCGGAGGGCUGCCGGAGCCGGGUGAGGCCGAGCCCCGCAGCCUCGAGGCUCUCCAUACCCAGACCCCUCCGUGUAAUGAGGCAAUCAUGACGAAUGGUUUUCUGCUAUUUUCGGCCUUUGGGGGCCCUUACCGCCAACACGGAAACGAAAAAGUAGUGUUUAGGUCGAUCCCUGCUCCACCCUGUCACGGCGGGUCCACCCACUUCGCACGCUCGGCUGGUCUAGCUCUCCUCCCGCGAACUGAUGAUGUACAGUCUGCCUCCGCUCGCGAGGGCGCGGUUCCCUCUUGGCC